AUGGUCGCUUAUUCUGCUCAAUCUCCAUCUCUUCACAAACCGACCCCUCCACGCAAAAUGGCCAAAUUCCGAGCGAGCAAUGUGCUGGGUGAUCCUUUCGCGCUCGCGACCAUCUCUAUUUCCAUCUUGGCGUGGUUGAUCGCAUUUGUAGCGUCCAUCUUCUCCGAUGUUAAAGGGGGAUUCCCCAAUUACUCGUGGUGGGCUAUUGCCUACAUGUUCUGCGUCAUUACAGGGAUAAUCGUCGUCUUCGGGUCGGAUACGGGCCACAUCUAUAACGUUGCACUUGUUGCAUACCUGGCCGCGGGCCUGGUCUUCACUACAUUGGCCCCGAACACGCUAGUAUAUCAGAAGCAAGCGUCUUCACAAGCGGCAGGGGCUGGGUUUAUCCUCCUGUCCAUGGUGAUUAUUGUGUGGAUCUUUUACUUUGGAUCCAGUCCUCAAGCCUCUCAUCGCGGCUUCAUCGAUUCGUUUGCACUUAACAAGGAGCAAAGUGCAUACGGAAACAACCAACGGCACAUGUCGAACGUUUACGGCAACCGUCCCGAGACCUCGACCAGCCAGAUGCCCCAGAUGUACACCUCUGCUCAACUCAACGGCUUCGAAACAUCGUCCCCCGUGUCUGGGUAUCCCGGCGGUCCUCCUGGUGCUGAGAACCCCCACGCAUCCCGGUUCGGUGGUUCGGUAACUGGCAACCCUGGCGAUAUACCGAGUGAAGUGCCUCAACCGACAGAGUACCCGUAUCGCGCCAAGGCAAUUUACUCCUACGAUGCGAACCCAGAAGACGCCAACGAGAUUAGCUUCUCGAAACACGAGAUUCUGGAAGUGUCCGACGUCAGCGGACGAUGGUGGCAGGCCAGGAAAGCAACAGGCGAAGCGGGUAUCGCGCCAUCGAACUAUUUGAUUCUUCUAUAA